AGUUGUAAGCUCAGUUGAAGACACGUAUAUAAGGUUCAAGGAGUACCUCAACUAUCUGCGUGCUGAGCUCUCCGACGAAGUACAGUUUCUUAAUGAAGUUGAUGGAGAAGCCCUUCAUUAUGGAAUGGAAGAUGACAAUCUGCCCGAGUCUGGAGGUCUAGAACGUUCUGACGAGUCAUCAGUCAAAUCGAAGAAACCUGCUCAUGUUGUGCCAAGCUUGCAGAAGAUGCUCAGUAGGAAAGAAAUAAUGGGGAAGCCUUCUUCAGGCGAAAAUAAGAGGGAUCUCUCAGUGCAGGGCAAAGGCUACAUUGUGGAAACGCUUCCUGAACUCAGUGCCCCCAAUGUAUUAAAAAAGUCUGUAACCCUAGACCUACCCUCCUCUCCCGCCCCAUCAACUCAGAAGGCAGACGAUGGAAUGGACGACACGAACCUCAUCCAAGAAAAGACUGCGGGUAAGGGAACUGUGAGUUCAGACGAAAUCAGUGAUAAUAUACAUCGGAAUUUAAGGCAGAGAAUGGACGAGCUUAUAGACUGGGUGGAACUGCUUGAUUCUGUGCCUGACAUCAGUGCUGGAUCGGAGGUGACCACCAGUCCAUCCUCUGAAAUGUCACCCAAGUCUCAUACGACCAUAUGGUCAACAUCUACCAGUGCUGAGGGCAGAACGAAAACAACACUGCCACUAAUACGGCCAGAUGUCAAGCCAUCAGUGGAAUCAAUCAAAUCGAAGGCAUCUACACGAUUAUUGAAGAAAGCGAAGGAGGCGUCAUGUACACCAACUUCGUUAAGUAGUUCGAGUCUAAGGAGUGGAAGUGGUGGAAGAACCUCACCUCUAUUGGAUGUAGUUGCCAAGACGGAUUCAUUAGAAAGUAUUUUGUGUGAACCGCCAUUGAAUGCUAUUCCUGGUCAACGCUUAGAUGAGAUUUCCCAAUCCAAAGCUACAACCAGUCCGUACGGUACAUGGGCCUAUACUGUAUCUGCAGAGACCCCUAGCAGUGAGUUUACGGAUCGCAUUCUUAGUGAUGAGAAUGCCGAGCUUGAGCCCAGACGCCCCGUAAAGAAGUGUUUGCGAGACAGUGUUGUCACUGUAAGCCCCUUUGAGGUAGCGGAACACAUCGCGAACGUUCUAGAGGCUAUCAUGGAU